CGAGGAUCCACCGCGUCUCGGCCAGGAGGGCGUAUGCACCACUCCAGGGCCAAGGAUGGCACUGGCUGAGCACGGUGGUAGUGUAUAGAUGCCCUGCGGAGCGCCCUGGGGGCGCCCCCGUCUCCAGAGUCACCCGCCCGGGGCUGGGGCAGGCUGGACUGGAGGAUCGCGCCAAGUCGCUGAUGAAUUGGCGACGCGUCGCCUGUGCAUCGGUCAUGCGGUGCGAUCCUCUGACCUCUUCUGCUCCAGCCUCACUUGCGCGGCCUCCGCUGCCCCCGCCUCGGUCCCCCCGACGUCGGAGCCACUCGCGGAGCCACUCGCGGAGCCACUCGCCGAUGGGCGAAGCCACUUGCCAUGCUCCGCAGUCGCAGAACCGCGCGCCGACCAGCGAAGCCGAAGCGGGCCCAUGCGUUCGCAGUCGGCGAGCCCGGAGGCAUCGGGGAGCCGCAUCAGCUCCCUCGAGGCCGUGCGGCGCCGCGAGUUGGCGCUGUACAUGCCGGUGACGCCGCUGGUGCGGCCGCCGCCGCCUACCACCGAGAGGGCGUCGCUCUCGCAGUCCCCGCGCAGCUCCGCCGAGCCGCUGGCGUCCUGGCAGUGGCCCAGGCCCCCGGCCUCGCCCAGCGAGCCCGCCGCGGCGGCGGCCCAGCAGACCGCCGCAGCGGCCGCCGCGCCGAGCACCGCGCGCACGCGUGGCGGACGGAGCCCCGAGGGGCGGGCGGAGCCCAUCUCGGCAGCCGCGGCGCCCUUCGCCCCCGCGCUUGCUGGCGCGCGCUCAGGGUCGUGGAGGGGGCCCCGACUCCAGGCGGAGUUGGCGCACGACGGCGGGCUGCGGCUCCGGAGCUUCCAGGUGGCCCUCGCCAGAGACUCCCCCUCCGCUAUCUUCGGCCUCUCGGUCACCGACACCGCGGGCGCGGAGCUCGAGGUCUCGUUUGUGGACCCCAGCGGGGCUCUUGCGCGGUGGAACCGUGACAAUCCUUCGAAGGCCCUUGCGAUCGGAGACCGCAUUGUGGCCGUCGACCACAUCGCGCGGGACCCCGCCAGGAUGAGGCGGGAGCUGUCGGAGGCCGCCGCCGUGGUCCUCUAUUGCAUGGGGAGCUCAGCCUCUGACCGGUUUUACUUCUGAUCGCCCAUCGCCCGGGAGGAUCCUCGACCGACGGCCGCCUCCGCCGCCGCCGCUGCCGCGGGCUUCGCCCGCUCGCCCGGGAGCUGGCGGGAGCUGCAGGAGCCUGUCUGCCGGGGCGCCUUGGCGCGCCGGUCGGCACCCUCGGGGAACCCCUGGGUGGGCUCCGCGCCCCCGCUCGCCAGGGGGGGGGCCCAGCCCAUCGAGGAGCGCCCCUCGUGUCCCAUGACGAACGAGCA